AUGCACAUACUCCAAGCCUCCACUGCAGAGAGGUCCAUCCCAACUGCUCAGAUGAAGCUGAAAAGAGCCCGACUCGCAGAUGAUCUCAAUGAAAAGAUCGCCCUCCGGCCAGGACCACUGGAGCUGGUGGAGAAGAAUAUACUCCCCGUGGAUUCUGCUGUGAAGGAGGCCAUAAAAGGUAACCAGGUGAGUUUUUCCAAAUCGGCAGAUGCAUUUGCCUUCGAAGAGGACAGCAGCGGUGACGGGCUUUCUCCAGACCAGACUCGAAGCGAAGACCCCCAGGGCUCAGCGGGAUCCCCUGCGGACACUAAAGCUUCAGAGACCCCUUUGGCAGGUCCUCUGGGGCCAGUCCAGGAUCAUUCUUCUGGCUCCGAAAAUGACAGGAAAGACUCAGCCUCCCAGCCCAGCAACCAGUCAGACACGGGGACGCAGGGGCUCGGCCCUCUUGGUAACCCCAUCGCUGUGCACGCUGCCGUAAAGUCCAAGUCCUUGAGCGACAGUAAGAACCGCCACAAAAAGCCCAAGGACCCCAAGCCCAAGGUGAAGAAGCUCAAAUAUCACCAGUACAUCCCCCCAGACCAGAAGGCGGAGAAGUCCCCUCCGCCCAUGGACUCGGCCUACGCCCGGCUACUCCAGCAGCAGCAGCUCUUUCUGCAGCUCCAGAUCCUGAGCCAGCAGCAACAACAGCACCAGCUUGGCUACCCCGGGCUUCACCAGGCUCAGCUCAAGGAGCCAAAUGAACAGAUGGUCAGAAAUCCAAACUCUACUUCAACACCACUGAGCAGUACCCCUUUGUCUCCUGUCAAAAACAGCUUUUCUGGACAAACUGGUGUCUCUUCUCUCAAACCAGGCCCACUGCCAUCAAACCUAGAUGAUCUGAAGGUCUCGGAAUUAAGACAGCAGCUUCGAAUCCGCGGUCUGCCCGUGUCGGGCACCAAGACGGCCCUCAUGGACCGUCUGCGGCCCUUCCAGGACUGUUCGGGGACCCCCCUGGCCAACUUCGGGGACAUCACGACGGUCACUUUCCCCGUGACGCCCAGCAGCGCGCUGCCGGGCUACCAGUCUUCCCCGUCCACCGGCGCCUUAUCCAACGGCUUCUACCACUUCGGCAGCAGCAGCUCCAGCCCCCCGAUCUCGCCCGCCUCGUCCGACCUGUCGGCGGCGGGGUCCCUGCCCGACCCCUUCAACGACGCGUCCCCGUCCCUCUGCCUGCACCCGUCCCCGCUCCCCGCGUGCGCCGACGAGAGCCUCCUGAGCAGCCUGAACGGGGGCUCCCUCGGCCCCGAGCUGGACGGGCUGGACUCGGAGAAGGACAAGAUGCUGGUGGAGAAGCAGAAGGUGAUCAACGAGCUCACCUGGAAGCUCCAGCAGGAGCAGCGCCACGUGGAGGAGCUGAGGCUGCAGCUGCAGAAGCAGAAGAGGAGCACCUGCCCCGAGAAGCCGCCGCCCUUCUUGGCCGUCCCCGUCAAGCAGGAGGACGCCGCGUCCAGCUGUCCCUUCACGCCCCAGCAGAGACCUGGGAAGAGACAGGGCCUCAGCUCAGAGGGCCGAGCGCAGGCCUGCGAAGCGGCGGGGCGCCGGCCCCCGGGGCCCGCUCCGUGCGCCGAGCCGGCCUCGGGCCCCAGCGACGCGCUGCCGUCCACGUUCCUCAGCCCGCAGUGCUCCCCUCAGCACUCGCCGCUGGGCGCUGUCAAAAGCCCGCAGCACAUCAGUUUGCCCCCAUCCCCCAACAACCAUUACUUCCUCCCCUCCUCUUCGGGCGCCCAAGGGGAAGGGCACAGGAUCACCUCACCUGCCAGCAACCAGGUAUGCGCUGAACAGAACUCAGGGCAUGAGAGCCAUCCUGCGAGCUUCUCUCCCCAGCCCUCCGGCCUCCACCCCCCUUUCUCUGGAGCCCAGGCAGACAGCAGUCAUGGUGCUAGGGGCACCCCUCGUCCCAAAAGCCCAGGGGUCCAGCAAAAGAUGGCUGGUUUGCACUCUUCUUCUGAGAAGACAGGGCCAAAGUUUUCCAUUCCAUCCCCAACAUUUUCCAAGUCAACUUCAGCAGUUCCAGAGAUAACCCAGCCUCCGUCCUAUGAAGAUGCCGUAAAGCAGCAAAUGACUCGGAGUCAACAGAUGGAUGAGCUCCUAGAUGUCCUCAUUGAAAGUGGAGAAAUGCCAGCUAAUGCUAGAGAGGAUCAUUCGUGUCUUCAAAAAGUCCCCAAGAUACCCGGGUCUUCCCGAAGCCCCCCGGCUGCCCUGCCCAAACCCUCCUCUUCGGGGGGCCAGCUCUCCUUUGAUCACUAUGGCACCGAGAACGAUGAGCACCUUGAAGUCUUAUUAAAUUCCCAGAGCCCCUUAGGGAAGGUGAGCGAUGUCGCCCUGCUAAAAAUCGGGAGCGAAGAGCCUCCUUUCGAUGGGAUAAUGGAUGGAUUCUCCGGGAAGGCAGCAGAAGACCUGUUCAGCGCCCACGAGAUCUUGGCAGGCCCCCUCUCCCCGAUGCAGACUCAGUUCUCCCCCUCCUCUGUGGACAGCAGUGGGCUGCCGCUAAGCUUCACUGAAUCUCCUUGGGAAACCAUGGAGUGGCUGGACCUCACUCCACCAAGCUCCACGCCAAGCUUUAGCUCCCUCGGCACCAGCGGACCCAGCAUCUUUAACAUUGACUUCCUGGAUGUCACGGAUCUCAACCUGAAUUCCCCCAUGGACCUUCACUUACAGCAGUGGUAG